AUGCAUCAAAAACAUUUGAAAGCUGUAGAAGCAUCCAAAGAGUCUGCUUACAUGAAAACUGCACGUGAAAGCGCAACUACCAAAAGCGAGUCUGCUGUAACAUCAGCUCUGAAAAAUGUUUAUUUUGCUGCCAAACAGAACAUGGCUAGUUCUGCAGUACCUGCUUUGAAUGCUCUUUGUAUUAGUCAGGGUGUAACACAGUUAUGUGAUCUUCGUGUAGAUAGCCGUACUACAUAUGAACAUAAUGAGAGUGUAACCGAGUUUCAGGAAGCUAUAUCUGAUGUACUUAGACUUGAUCUCAGUACCAAAAUUCAAAAUUCGGGGAAGUUCAGCUUAAUGCUAGAUGAAAGCACUGAUAUUUCUGUUUACCAAAACUUGAUCAUUUACAUUCGUUUGUUAGAACGUGAUUGCUUUGGCACAGUGUCUCCACAAACAUAUUUUUUGGCUAUCAAUCGACUUGAAAGGGCAAAUUCUGAAUCCAUCUAUUUGAAAACUAUUGAGUUACUGGGCAAAAAGGGGAUCAAAAUUUCUGAACUAUGUGGUGUCAGUACAGAUGGGGUUUCAGUCAUGACUGGUCAUAAGUCGGGUGUUGUCACUCGUUUUAAGAAAACUGUCCCAGGGGUUCUUGCUACACACUGCAUUGCACACAGGUUAGCCCUUAGCUGCUGCAGUAGUGCUGAUAACAUACCCUAUUUGGUUAAGUUCCAGGAGAUUUUGAACUCUGUUUAUAAGUACUUCAAGAACUCCCCCAAAAACAUGGCCACACUGUCUGCCAUUCAGACUGUACUUCAGGGUCAGACAGUCAGAUUUAAGGAAGUCUUCCAUACCCGUUGGUUAAGCUUUGAGGGGUCUGUUGAUGCUUUGGUCAAGAAUUAUUCCAGCCUCUUGUCAGUAUUCUUAGAGGAGAGUUCGGGAAAAGCUCUCUCCCUCUAUAAGCCUAUUUCUACAUACAAGUUUUUGUAUGUAGCCCAUUUCUUGUGUGAUGCUCUUAAACCACUGGCCAUUUUGUCAAAAAUGUAUCAAAAGAAGGAUCUGACAUAUUCAGAGAUUUCUCCCCUUCUUUCCUCUACAAUUGGUACCCUUGAGGAUCUGCGUGACAACAGAUCUGGUCACAUGUUAGGAAAUUUCCUGAAGGUUACUCCCCAGGAACCCAAACUUGAUGAGGCUGGUCUCUGCACUUUUGAAUUUGAAGGUCACACUAUAAGGGAUAGCCAAAAGCAAAGGACUGAAUCACAUAGCGUAUGCAGUCAGUUUGUUGAUGGCAUGGUCAAAAACCUUAAUUCCAGAUUUUCUGACAACAGUGAUGGGGCUGUUCUUACCUCCAUGAGCAAUGUAUUUGAUCCUUUGCUCAAGGUCUGUGACGCAUCUGGUGACCUAGAUACUGUCUCUGAGUAUCUAGAUACCAUUGGGUUUGAGGGGUCUAGGUCAGAACUCACUAGCUUUGCUAACUUUGCCAGAGCCAGCCAUAACAAUGGCAAUAAGUCUGUUACUGACAUCACUUCAGUGGCAAAUUUGGCUAUUAAAAAUAAAGACUCUUUUCCAGCAUCUGCUGAAGUAGCCGAAAGAUUGUUAGUGCUGCCUGUGUCAACAGCUGACUGCGAGCGUGGUUUCAGCAAGCAGAACAUUAUUAAAACUUCCUUAAGAAAUGGUCUUAGUGAGUCAAACUUGGACAAUUUGAUGACUAUUUCAAUUGAUGGACCUGAGAUGUCCAAAUUUGAUUUCAAAAGUGCGUUUAAAAUGUGGUCAAGCAAGAAGACACGCCGUAUUCUUCAGUGA